UCCUCGAUGGGGCCAGGGAGGCUUUCUCUGGCUGGGAUGCAGAACUUGAACAGAAACUCGUUGCUGGGUUCCGCCUCCCAUGCAAGUCGCGUGUGAUCCCCAGGUUCACCAUCCUCUCCCCUGGGACACUGAGGACACACAAAACCCAGUGUCGCCCUCCACUGAGAGCCAGACCAGAGACGGAUGCUGAGAACAGGAAGGGCGUGUGGGGACUCCUUGGGCUUCACCCUUGUUUCUAAGUGUUACGGGUAACAGGUGCCCAGUCCCGUGGAGCCAUGACGAUGGAGGCUCUCCCCAAGGCCCUGGAGGUCGAUGAGAAGUCUCCAGAAUCCAAGGACCUACUGCCCAGCCAGACGGCCAGCUCCCUGUGCAUCAGCUCCAGAAGUGAGUCAGUGUGGACCGCUACCCCCCGGAGUAAGUGGGAAAUCUACCGCAAACCCAUCAUUAUCAUGUCGGUGGGCGGCGCCAUCCUCCUCUUCGGCGUGGUCAUCACCUGCUUGGCCUACACCCUGAAGCUGGGUGUCAACAGCCUUAAGGUCCUUAAGAUGAUAGGGCCCGCCUUCCUGUCUCUGGGACUCAUGAUGCUGGUGUGCGGGCUGGUGUGGGUGCCCAUCAUCAAGAAGAAACAGAAGCAGAAACAGAAGUCAGUUUUCUUCCAGACUCUCAAGUCCUUCUUCCUGAAUCGCUGAUGGUGGCCUCACUUUCUCUUCUCCCUGUCACCCUGCUGCCUCGCCCGGGAGGAGAUCUGACAACAUCCAACAUUCCCCCAUCUUCUUGGUGGAGGUGGUGGUUGUGGAGGGGGUUUAGCCAUAAGACAGGCAGGGACAGCCUUUUCCUGGCCCUCUGGGAAAGAGCUCAGGGCUCCACAUGCAGCUGGGGAGCGCUGCUGGCUCGAUCUCAUUUCGUCUUUCUGAUAUUGCUAUGCCUCCCUUGACGCUGGCCACAGCCUUCCCAUUUCAUGGCUCAUUCCCCACUCCUGCAUCUAGGUGCCACUCAUCGAACUCUCUCUGCCAAGUGCUAUGCAUGCUGGGAAAUUCCUGGUGCAAGGCUGUGUCCCAAGGGGAACCUCAUGUUCACACACAUCAGAGUGUCCGAGCUGGAUUCCCCAUUUACAUCCUUCUAGAACCCAAACUGAACCAUGGAGGUCCUUCACAGAAGAGAGGGAAGACUGGCUUCUGGCUCUGUGGG